AUGGGAAACAUGCUCAAUUUCAUGGAGGCCAGGAACAUAUUGUCGAGGGAUGGGAAUGCCCGACAGAGGGAACCUAGACCUCGGUCAUCGUCGCAGGCAAAUAGUCAGGUGACUGUUUUGACAUUACGGGUGGCCGAGCUUGAGGGUCAGAUGUCGGUGAUUCUGCAGUCCCUCGCUCGAUCCGGCAUUCCAAUCCCGAAUUUUGGUGCGUCAACAUCCGAGCCCGUCCACCCCGAGCAUCCCCACCAUACCACGGCCCCUGUAGACCCCCAGAUCCCCGAGCCACAUAUCCUAGACGACCAUGUAGAUUUUGGAACAUUAUUUGAUUAG